AUGGGUCAAUACGGAUAUUUAAUACCCGACAGAUAUGUCCGCGAGAUCCCCAACGAUGAUGACAUGAACACCUCCAGUAUAUUCUGGGGCUUUUCACUUUGCGCGGCUGUCUUCACCAGCACAACAGCUUUGCAGCAAUCAUGGCGCGCGUGGAGGAGAUGUCAUCGCGUCACGACUUACGUGGGUAUGAUUUGGGCAGUUUGGUUCAGUAGUAUGGUCCUCGGAUGUUUGGCGUGGAGUUUCCAAAGGCAAUACAUAGACCCCAGCUUUGGCUUCUACUUCUCUGUCGCUCUCUGCUGGGCACUACAAGUACAAUUUCUGCUGCAAAUCAUCAUCAAUCGAAUUGGCCUCUUGAUGGUUGUUCCAGGACGUGCCACUCGUCUCAAAUGGAUCGUUUUCGCCAUCGUACUGGCAGUCAAUAUCAGCGUCUUCGUCAUUUGGAUGCCUGCCCGAUUACAGAUCAACGAUCGAUGGAUAUACCUCAAUAAAAUAUGGGACAGAUGUGAGAAAGUCAUAUUUGCCGUCGUCGAUGGAGUUUUGAAUGGAUACUUCAUCUACUUGGUUCGAUCGCGACUGAUCGAGAAUGGUCUAACGAAAUACAUUCCUCUGUACCGAAUGAACCUAUUCCUCAUCUUUCUAUCUUUAUCGUUGGAUAUCGUUUUAGUUGGCCUCAUGUCUCUACCUAGCAGCUUGGUAUAUCUCUCAUUCCACCCCGUCUGCUACCUUCUCAAACUCGAAAUCGAGAUGAAAAUGGCCGAGCUUAUCACCAAAAUUGUCCGCUCCUCCGGCGCCCGCGGUACCAACGACAUGUAUUAUCACCAAUCAAGCACGAACAACGGAAGAACGAUCGAAACGAAAUCCAAAGCUCGGGCCAAAAGUCCGCCGCCACUUAGAGGAACACACGGGGCAAUGCAGGGUAGCCACACGACUCACGUUGAGGUUGGAGGUGGGAAUAGUCUUGGUGAGGUGGACAUGCAGGGAAGCGAGAAUCGGAACGCGAUUAUCAGGACUAUUCAGACUACAGUCGCUAGUUCUCCAGCUCAUCAGCCUCAAGUGCAUGAUUUUGAGGACACGCAUAGUAGGACAAGUUCUACGUUGAGGCUAGCCUAA